CUUAUGGGCACACAAGUGUUAAGAUGUGAAUCAUCUAUUCAUAAGAAAGUUAAAUUUGGAUAUUUCUUCCAUUUAAUACGUAGAUUUUCCCGAGACGAGUCAGCAGUUCUCAUACAACGGCUGCUAGCAUCGUGUUAGUUGUUGUCAUUUCGCAACAUAAAUCGAUAAUUGAAAUUGUUGCAAAUAGUUGAUUAGUUUAAGAAGUGGACAAAAAAAAAAAAACAAACAAAGACAACCAAAAAAAAAUAUGUACGGCAUCGAUAAUUAUCCAAAAAAUUAUCAUGCGAGCGGCAUUGGCCUUGUCAAUCUGGCAGCGCUGGGCUACAGCAAGAAUGAAGUCAGCGACAAUGAUAAUGCGCAGAGCGCACCCAAAUCGGGGCUAUACCCCUCGCUGCCCUACCCCACGUCGGAGUCGAUGGGAGGCAUGCCGUAUGUGAUGAAGCAAACGGUUGGUGCCCAAAAUGCUGAAUAUCCCGGAUCCAGCAUGGGCAUGCCACAGCCAUCGGCAACGCCAUAUCCUGGCUCUGGCUCUGGUACGGGUUUGUAUCCGCAAAUGCCAUCGAUGCCAUUGCCGUAUCCAUCGACACCGCUGGCGCCCAUACCUAGUGCAGCUCCAUACCCAGGUGCAGCGUCGCCCUAUCCCAGGGCAAUGCCCUAUCCGGGUGCCUCACCCUAUCCCAGUGCAGCAGCGCCUUAUCCCAGUGCAAUGCCUUAUCCCAGUGCAACGCCAUAUCCGGCGCUGCCCUAUCCCUCGGGUGGCGGUAUGGGAAUGCCGGGGAUGCCAAUGCCGUAUGCACCGUUGCCAACAUCGCCAGCACCACAAUCGAUUUAUCCGUCGAUGCCAACGCCAUCGGCACCGGAACCGAGUGCACCCAGCCGCGAGGAGGAGCCAUCGGUGGGCAUCCAGGAGCUACAGUUCACCAGCGUCAAAGUGCCCGAGAAUCAGAACAUGUUCUGGAUGGGACGCAAGGCGACGGCGAAGUCCACCCGCCAGAGCAGCAAGCAAGGCGAUGAUUUUGCCACGCUCCGUGAAUCGUGUGUGGCAAAUGGUACCAUGUUUGAGGAUCCCGAUUUUCCGGCCAGUGAUUCAUCGCUGAUGUACUCGCGUCGUCCGGAUCGCUAUAUUCAGUGGCUGCGUCCGGGAGAUAUUGUUGAUGAUCCUCAGUUCUUUGUCGAGGGCUAUUCGCGUUUUGAUGUGCAGCAAGGAGAACUGGGCGAUUGUUGGCUGCUUGCUGCGGCUGCAAAUCUUACCCAGGACUCGAAAUUAUUCUUCCGUGUUAUACCACCGGAUCAGGACUUCCAGGAGAACUAUGCGGGUAUCUUCCAUUUCAAGUUCUGGCAAUAUGGCAAAUGGGUCGAGGUCGUCAUCGAUGAUCGCUUGCCCACAGUAAAUGGCGAGCUGAUCUACAUGCACUCCACCGAGAAGAGUGAGUUCUGGAGUGCUCUAUUGGAGAAAGCAUAUGCCAAGCUACAUGGCUCCUAUGAAGCACUCAAAGGUGGCACUACUUGUGAGGCCAUGGAGGACUUUACUGGCGGCGUCACCGAGUGGUAUGACAUCAAAGAGGCGCCUCCAACUCUAUUUAGCAUUAUGACCAAGGCCGCGGAGCGUGGCUCAAUGAUGGGUUGCUCCCUGGAGCCGGAUCCACAUGUGCUCGAGGCGGAGACACCUCAAGGAUUGAUUCGUGGACAUGCUUACUCCAUAACGAAAGUGUGUCUGUUGGACAUCUCGACCAGAAAUCGUACGGGCAAAAUUCCCAUGAUACGUAUGCGUAAUCCUUGGGGCAACGAUGCCGAGUGGAGUGGACCUUGGAGUGAUAGUUCGCCUGAAUGGCGUUUCAUAGACGAUGACCAGAAGGAGGAGAUUGGUUUGAAUUUCGAUCGUGAUGGUGAAUUCUGGAUGUCCUUCCAGGACUUUCUCAAUAAUUUCGAUCGCGUCGAGAUUUGCAAUCUAAACCCAGAUUCGCUGACAGAUCAACAGAAACAGAGUUCGCGUCGCAAAUGGGAGAUGUCCAUGUUCGAGGGCGAGUGGACUUCGGGCGUCACAGCUGGCGGUUGUCGCAACUUCCUGGAGACCUUCUGGCACAAUCCGCAGUACGUCAUCACUCUGGAGGAUCCCGACGAGGAGGAUGACGAUGGCAAGUGCACCGUUAUUGUCGCUCUCAUGCAAAAGAACCGUCGCAGCAAGCGAAAUGUGGGCAUCGAUUGCCUGACCAUUGGCUUUGCCAUCUAUCAUCUGACGGAUCGCGAUAUGGAGGUGAAACCACAGGGACUCCACUUCUUCAAGUAUCGUGCCUCGGUGGCACGUUCCCCUCAUUUCAUCAACACUCGUGAGGUUUGUGCCCGUUUCAAGCUGCCGCCAGGUCAUUAUUUGAUUGUGCCCUCGACCUUUGAUCCCAACGAGGAGGGCGAAUUCAUUAUACGCGUCUUCUCCGAAACGAUGAACAACAUGGAGGAGAAUGACGAUGAGGUCGGUUUCGGCGAGACAGAUGAUCGCAUUGCACCCGCUCUGCCACCGCCGACGCCCAAGGAGGAGGAUGAUCCACAGCGCAUCGCACUCAAGCGUCUCUUCGACAGCGUUGCUGGCGACGAUGAGGAGGUGGAUUGGUCAGAACUGAAGCGCAUUUUGGAUCAUUCCAUGCGCGAUGUGAUGGUCGGUGGCGAGGGCUUCUCGAAGGAUGCGGUACGCUCGAUGGUUGCCAUGCUGGACAAGGAUCGCUCGGGUCGUCUAGGCUUUGAUGAGUUCGAAGCGCUACUCACAGACAUUGCCAAAUGGCGGGCGGUCUUUAAAUUGUAUGAUGUCAGACGUUCCGGCAGCAUAGAUGGCUUCCAUUUGCGUGGCGCUCUCAAUUCAGCGGGUUAUCAUUUGAACAAUCGUCUGCUGAAUGCAUUGGCGCAUCGUUAUGGCUCCCGGGAGGGCAAAGUGCCCUUCGAUGAUUUCCUGAUGUGCGCCAUUAAGGUGAAGACCUUUAUUGAGACGUUCCGCGAACGGGACACUGAUAAUUCCGAUACGGCAUUCUUCAAUCUGGAUGAUUGGCUGGAGCGAACCAUUUACUCCUAAGAAGACAGAGAGUGAGAGAUAGAUCGAGAGAGAUAUAUAGGGAGAAAGAGGGAGGGAGAGCAAUUACUAAUCCACAUACAAUUUAAACUAAUCCUAAGUGCCACGUUUACUUAUGUACAAUCUUUAUAUGCACUGAUGCUAAUCAGUUGAUGCACGACUGCAAUCAUAAAUGCAGUCACCCAGUCAAGAAUGAUUAUAAAAUAACAAAUACGACUAAAGUGCAACUGCGAGUAAAGCGGAAAUACAAAUGAAUACGGUGUACAUUAAUUAUAUUGACCUUGAAGCGCUUCACUCGGCGACGCUCGACGAUAACCGAUAUGAAAAAAGCCAAAAGAAAUAAAGUAAAUAAUAACCUGAAAAUCAACAAAACAAAUUGCCGGCUGUGUACACAGGCAUUAUAAACAUAUUACUGUUACAGUAGUCGCUCGCUAGGGUGUCAGAUUAAACAAUGCUAAAUUAUGAAACACUCACUUUUAAAAAUAAUAUUUUUAAUUGUUAAUAUUAUAA